UUUUCGAAUCUUUCUUUCUUUCUUCUUCGGACUCUGUUGCCCAUGUCUGAUACACCUUGCACAGAAAAUCUCGUGAUGGACCCUCCUCCUGACGAAUUUCGCAACUGGCUGGCUCUGCCCCGGGAAGUGACGGCGUCGAUCUUGAUGAGACUGGAUGCAUUCGAGAUUCUGACGAGCGCACAGAUGGUGUGCUCGCCGUGGCACAAACUCUGCAAGGACCCGUCGAUGUGGCGCGCCGUCCACAUGCGCAACUCCCUCGCCCCGUACUGGGAGUUCCCGUACCACCUUGAGAAGAUGUGCCGCCACGCCGUCGAUCGCAGCUGCGGCCAGUUGGUUGAUAUCAACGUCGAGAACUUCGGCACCGACGAGCUCCUCAGGCACAUCGCUGAUAGUUCAAGUCAACUCAAACGUCUUCGACUUGUAAGAUGCCAUGACAUUUCAGAUGAGGGAUUGAGUGAAGUGGCUGCAAAACUUCCAUUACUAGAGGAGCUUGAUAUUUCGUACUCUUCUUCACUGUCAAAAGAAGCUCUAGAAGCUGUGGGCCGCUGUUGCCCUUAUUUGAAAUCACUCAAAUUCAACAGCCGUAGGCUAUAUUUAGAAUCUGAUGAGGAGGCACUUGCAAUUGCAGAGAACAUAAGUGAAUUGCGCCACCUCCAGCUUUUUGGAAAUAAGUUGACUAAUGACGGCUUGCAGGCCAUCCUUGAUGGUUGUCCUCACCUUGAAUCACUUGACCUACGCCAAUGUCUCAAUGUCUCUCUGGCAGGGAAUUUGGGAAGAAGAUGUGCUGAACAGAUUAUAGACUUGCGGCGUCCCAAUGAUUCCACUGAUGACUAUGAAUUUGAUGCUUGUGAUUACGCAGAUGACUACGAAGACUACUAUGAUGACCACAUAGAUAUCGAAUACUUUGAAGACUACGAUCACCCCGACUAUUGAGAUUUUUACGAUGGGGAUUUUUAUUUUAACUAGCAUAAAUGCAAUGACUCAUGUGUUGCACGCCUGCACCCUACUCUUGUCUCCCAAUUUUAAAUUUUAAAUUUUAGUGUCUGAUUGACUU